AGACUGGUUGUACAGGGCGGGUGUAAGUGCAGCCAGCCAGGUGCCUGCGCGGCAGCCCUAGGCCCAGGCCCCUCGCUGCCGCCUCACCUGCAGGGAGGGGCCUCCUGAAACUGCCUUCUCCAGGCCCAACCGACCGUUCCACUGUGCCAGAGCCCAGCUGACCAGACAGCAAGGACACCUGCCCGCCACCCACCUGCCCUCCUGUGCCAGCUGAACCCAGCCUGAGCCAGCAUCUGCCUUUACGAUCAUGUUCAAGGGCCUGAGCAAAGGCUCCCAGGGGAAGGGAUCCCCCAAGGGCUCCCCAGCCAAGGGGUCUCCAAAGGGUUCCCCCAGCAAGCACAGCCGAGCUGCCACCCAAGAACUGGCCCUGCUCAUCUCCCGCAUGCAAGCCAAUGCCGACCAGGUAGAGAGGGACAUCUUGGAGACCCAGAAGAGGCUGCAGCAGGACCGGGUGAACAGCGAGCACAGCCAGGCCCUGCAGCACCAGCAGGAGACAGGCCGCAGCCUGAAGGAGGCUGAGGUGCUGCUCAAGGACCUCUUCCUGGAUGUGGAUAAGGCCCGGAGGCUCAAGCACCCGCAGGCCGAGGAGAUUGAGAAGGACAUCAAGCAGCUGCACGAGCGGGUGACCCAGGAGUGUGCCGAGUACCGUGCCCUGUAUGAGAAGAUGGUGCUGCCGCCUGACAUGGGGCCCAGGGUUGACUGGGCACGUGUGCUGGAGCAAAAACAGAAGCAGGUCUGCGAGGGCCAGUACGGGCCCGGCAUGGCGGAGCUGGAGCAGCAGGUGGCUGAGCACAACAUCCUGCAGAAGGAGAUUGAGGCCUAUGGACAGCAGCUAAGGACCCUCGUGGGGCCGGACGCAGCCACCAUUCGGAGCCAAUACCGAGACCUACUGAAGGCAGCCUCGUGGCGCGGGCAGAGCCUGGGCAGCCUGUACACACACCUGCAGGGCUGCACGCGGCAGCUGAGCGCCCUGGCGGAGCAGCAGCGCCGUAUCCUGCAGCAGGACUGGAGCGACCACAUGGCCGACCCCGUCGGCGUGAGGCGGGAGUACGAGCACUUCAAGCAGCUAGAGCUGCUGAGCCAGGAGCAGAGUGUGAACCAGCUGGAAGAUGACGGGGAGCGCAUGGUGCAGCUCGGGCACCCAGCGGUGGGGCCCAUCCAGACCCACCAAGAGGCCCUGAAGCUGGAGUGGCAGAACUUCCUGAAUUUGUGCAUCUGCCAAGAAAGCCACCUGCAGCACGUGGAAGACUACCGGAAGUUCCAGGAAGAGGCCGACUCUGUCAGCCAGACCUUGGCGAAGCUCAACUCCAACUUGGACAGCAAGUACAGCCCUGCCCCUGGGAGCCUCCCUGGUGCCCCCACAGAGCUGCUGCGACAGCUAGAGGCAGAGGAGAAGCAACUGGGGGUCACCGAGAAGGUCAUUGGAGACCUGCAGCGGCUCAGCCAGGAGGUGGCCCCUCUGCCACAGCGCAGAACCCCACCCCAGCAACCCCUUCAAGUGGACAGCAUCUGUGACUGGGACUCAGGAGAAGUGCAGCUGCUUCGUGGUGAGCGGUAUUCACUGGUGGACAACACUGACCCACACACUUGGGCUGUGCAGGGCCCUAGCGGGGAGACCAAGAGUGCCCCAGCCGCCUGCUUCUGCAUCCCAGCCCCAGACCCUGAAGCUGUGGCCAGGGCCUCCAGGCUGGCCUCAGAGCUUCAGACCCUGAAGCAGAAACUGCUCACAGUCCAGAACUGCCUGAAGGCCAGUGCCAGGGAGCCCAUACGGCCUGGCCAGCAGGGUAUCAAGGGCUGGCUGGGAAAGGGGGUAGCUGUUGGGAUAGAAAGGGCAGAAUACUACUUUGCUCCAGCUGGCUCAGCGCCGGCCAACCCACAGGCUCAGAAGCUCCUGACACAGAUGACCCAGCUGGAUGGGGACCUGGAGCAGAUAGAGAAGCAGGUGCUGGCAUGGGCCCGGACCCCAAUGAGCCGCACUUCCCCACUGGAGGACCUGGAGGGUCGCAUCCACAACCAGGAGGGUACAGCCCAGCGCCUACAGAAACUGGGAGCUGAGAAGGAGGCAGCCCAGCAGGAGUGCGAGGCAUUUCUGUCAGCACGGCCCAUGGGCCCUGCUGCCCUGCAGCUACCUGUGGCCCUUAACAGUGUCAAGAACAAGUACAGCGACGUGCAUGUUCUGUGCAACCUCUAUGGGGAGAAAGCCAAGGCUGCCCUGGGUCUGGAGCGGCAAAUCCAGGACUCGGACAGGGUCAUCCAAGGCUUCGAGUCCGUCCUGGCACAGGAAGCCCCCAUCCCUGAUGACCCGAGGGCGCUACAGGAGAGAGCCAACGAGCUGCAGCUCCAACGGAGGGAACUGCUGGGACAGCAGGCCUGUGUUCUGGGGCUGCACCGCCAGCUGAAGGCCACAGAGCACGCAUGCGCUGUACUGCAGAACAACUUCCAGGAGUUCUGCCAAGACCUGCCACGCCAGCAGCGCCAGGUGCGGGCCCUCACUGACCGCUACCAUGCCGUGGGGGACCAGCUGGACCUGCGGGAGAAGGUUGUGCAGGACGCCUGCCUCACCUACCAGCAGUUCAAAAACUGCAGGGACAACCUGAGCUCCUGGCUGGAGCACCUCCCCCGCAACCAGGUGCGGCCCAGUGAUGGGCCCAGCCAGAUCACCUAUAAGCUGCAGGCAGAGAAGAGGCUGAUGAAAGAGAUCAAAAGCCGAGAGCAGGACAGGGCCACGAUGUCCCGGCUCUCCCAGGACUUGCAGGCAGCUCUCCAAGACUAUGAGCUGCAGGCAGACACCUACCGCUGCUCCCUGGAGCCCACACUGGCAGUGUCAGCUCCCAAGAGACCCCGAGUGGCUCCCCUGCAGGAGAGCAUCCAGGCCCAGGAGAAGGACCUUGCAAAGGCCUAUACUGAGGCUGCAGCGGCCCACCAGCAGCAGCUGCACCAGCUGGAGUUUGCUAGAAAGAUGCUGGAGAAGAAGGAGCUCAGUGAGGACAUCCAGGCAACCCAUGGUGCAGGGCAGGGGUCUGAGGACCCAGCUCAAGCAGGGAGGGAGUCAGAGGUCCUGAAGUCCCAGCUGGAGGAGGAGAGGAAGCGGGUGGCCCAGGUGCAGCAUGAGCUGGAGAUGCAGAGGAGCCAGUUGCUACAGCUGAAGACCCAGCGGCCGCUGGAGAGGCUGGAGGAGAAGGAAGUGGUGGAGUUCUACAGGGACCCCGAGCUGGAGAGCAGCCUGUCCAAGCUGAAGGCCCAGCUGGAGGAGGAGGGCAAGAGGCGGGCCAGCCUGCAGGCAGACCUGGAGGCGGCAGCGCAGAAGGUUGUCCAGCUGGAGAGUGAGAGGAAGACCAAGCAGCCUCACCUGCUGACCAAGGAGGUCACGCAAAUAGAGAGGGACCCCAGCUUGGACAGCCAGGCGGCCCAGCUCAGCAGCAGGAUCCAGCAGGUCCGAGGGGAGGAUGCUGUCAUUGUGGCCCAGGUGGAAGAGCUGAAGAAGGAGCUACUGGCCCUUGAGCAGAGGGAGGCGGACGUGAAGGAGAAGAUUGUGGUGAAAGAAGUGGUCAAGGUGGAAAAGGAUCUGGAAAUGGUCAAGGCAGCCCAGGCUCUGAGGCUGCAGAUCGAGGAGGAUGCUGCGAAGAGGAAGGGAGCAGAGGAGGCUGUGGCCAAGCUGCAGGCCCGCAUUGAAGACGUGGAGCGGGCCAUCAGCUCGGUAGAGCCCAAGGUCAUUGUGAAGGAAGUAAGGAAGGUGGAGCAGGACCCAGGCCUUCUCCAAGAGUCUUCCAGACUCAGGAAUCUCCUGGAGGAGGAGAGGAAGAGGAACAUGAUGCUGGCAGGGGAGCUGAGAGAGCUGCGCAGCAAAUACAGCAUGGUACAGACUCAGAAGCCCAAGGUACAGCUCCAGGAGCGUGUCCAUGAGGUCUUCCAUGUGGACCCUGAGACGGAGCAGGAGAUUGCACGACUUCGCACCCAGCUGCAGGAGGCUGCUGGCCGCAGGAGUGGCGUGGAGAAGGAGGUGGAGCGGCUGCUGCCUGAGCUGGAGGGCCUGCGAGCACAGAAGCCCAUGGUGGAGUACAAGGAGGUGACCCAGGAGGUGGUGAGGCACGAGAGGAGCCCGGAGGUGCUGCGUGAGGUCGACCGCCUGAAGGCCCAGCUCAAUGAGCUGGUCAACACCCAUGGGCGCUCCCAGGAGCAGCUCAUCCGGCUGCAGGGUGAACGCGAUGAGUGGAAGCGGGAGCGGGCAAAGGUGGAGACCAAGACAGUGAGCAAGGAGGUGGUGCGGCGCGAGAAGGACCCGCUCCUGGAGAAGGAGGCCGAGCGGCUCCGCCAGGAGGUGCGGGAGGCGGCCCAGAGGCGGCGGGCAGCCGAGGACGCAGUGCACGAGCUGCAGAGCAGGUACCUGCUGCUGGAGCGCAGGAAGCCUGAGGAAAAGGUGGUAGUGCAGGAGGUGGUGGUCACCCAGAAGGACCCAAAGCUGCACGAGGAGCACAGCCGGCUGGGUCACAGCCUGGACGAGGAGGUGGCCCGGAGGCGGCAGCUAGAGCUGGAGGUGCAGCAGCUGCGGGCUGGCGUGGAGGAGAAAGAGGGGAUGCUCAGCUUUGGUGAGGACCGUGGCAAGAAGCUGGCGGCGGAAAGGGAACUGCGGCAGCUGAGCCUGAGGAUCCAAGAGCUAGAGAAGCGGCCGCCUGCGGUGCAGGAGAAGAUCAUCAUGGAGGAAGUAGUCAAACUGGAGAAGGACCCAGACCUGGAGAAGUCCACAGAAGCCCUGCGGUGGGACCUGGACCAGGAGAAGGGCCGGGUAUCUGAGCUGCAUCGGAAGUGCAAGAACUUGCAGGUCAAGAUCGACGUCCUCCAGAAGGCCAAGUCACAGGAGAAGACCAUCUACAAGGAGGUGAUCCGGGUGCAGAAGGACCGGGUGCUAGAGGACGAGAGGUCCCGCCUGUGGGAGCUGCUCACCAGGGAGCGCAGGGCCCGGCAGGCCCAGGAGGAGGCCCUGCGGCAUCUGCGGGACCGGAUCGAGAGGGCAGAGGCCCUGGGGAGGACCUGGUCCCGGGAGGAGGCUGAACUGCAGAAGGCCCGGGACCAGGUGGGCCAGGAGCACGGACGGCUGCAGCAAGAGCUGCAGACGCUGGAGAGACAGAAGCAGCAGCAGGCACUGCAGCUGCAGGAGGAGUCAAAGCUGCUCAGCCAGAAGACGGAGAUGGAGCAGCAGAAGGCGGCCGAGCAGGGCCAAGCACUCUCGCGGCUCGAGGCGGCCAUCCUUCAUGAGAAGGACCAGAUCUACGAGAAGGAGCGGACCCUCCGGGAUCUCCAUGCCAAGGUGAGCCGGGAGGAGCUCAGCCAGGAGACUCAGACGCGGGAGACCAACCUUUCCACCAAGAUCUCCAUCCUGGAACCUGACACGGGGAAGGACAUGUCCCCAUAUGAGGCCUACAAGAGGGGCAUCAUUGACCGAGACCAGUAUCUCCAGCUGCAGGAGCUGGAGUGUGACUGGGAGGAGGUCACCACCUCAGGCCCUUGUGGGGAGGAAUCUGUGCUCCUGGACCGCAAGAGUGGGAAGCAGUACUCCAUUGAGGCUGCCCUCCGCUGCCGGCGCAUCUCCAAGGAGGAGUACCACCUGUACAGGGAUGGCCAUCUGCCCAUCUCCGAGUUCGCCCUGCUGGUGGCUGGGGAGACCAAGCCCUCCUCCUCGCUCUCCAUCGGCUCCAUCAUCUCCAAGUCUCCGCUCACCUCCCCAGCCUCCCAAACCUCCUGUUUCUUCUCUCCCGGCUUCACUCUUGGCCUCAGUGAUGACAGCUUCCCCAUCGCUGGGGUGUAUGACACAACUACAGACAACAAGUGCAGCAUCAAGACAGCCGUGGCCAAAAACAUGCUGGACCCCAUCACUGGGCAGAAGCUGCUGGAGGCACAGGCGGCCACAGGGGGCAUCGUGGACCUUCUGAGCCGUGAGCGCUUCUCUGUGCAUAAGGCCACUGAGAGGGGCCUGAUUGACAACACUGCCACGCAGAGGCUGCUCAAUGCCCAGAAGGCCUUCACCGGCAUUGAGGACCCAGUCACCAAGAAGAGGCUGUCAGUGGGCGAGGCUGUGCAGAAGGGCUGGAUGCCCCUGGAGAGUGUGCUCCCGCACCUGCAGGCGCAGCACCUGACGGGGGGGCUCAUCGACCCCAAGAGAACAGGCCGCAUCCCUGUUCCACAGGCUCUGCACUCCAGAAUGAUCAGCGAGGAACUCGCCCAGCUCCUGCAGGAUGAGUCCAGCUACGAGAAGGAUUUGACAGAUCCCAUCUCCAAGGAACGGAUGAGCUAUAAGGAAGCCAUGGGUCGCUGCCGAAAAGACCCUGUGAGCGGCCUGCUGCUCCUUCCAGCAGCACUGGAGGGGUACCGCUGCUGCUACCGCUCGGCCUCCCCCACCAUCCCACGCUCCCUGCGCUGACGCCAGCCUCGCAGCUGGGGCAGCGUGUGUUGAGGCAGGUUGGAUGCAUAUACCCCUCACCUACAGAGCGGCCUAAUCCCAGACAGUGGGUAUUCCCUCUGCUAGACCGCUGUUUUAUUAUUUUAUUACUACUUCGCCAUUUGUGGUGUUGGCCUUCCCCACCCAACCUUGGUGCCUGACCCAUCCCAGGACCGGGAGAGCAGCAGCUCUGGUUUUCCUCCUCCCUCCCCCACCCAGUAAUCCAAUAAAUGAAUUCUCUC